AUGUCACAAAGACAUUCGGAAGAUUAUGGAGCCGGUGAGAUUCCUAGCAAAGACCCCGUCAUUCGGCUCCUCUUCCAGAAGGUUCAGAAAAUGGAGGACGACAUAACCUGCUCUCAGGAACCAGAGUAUGGGAAACUUUGGCCGGGACCAUUCACCGAAUGCAUCAAGCACUCCAGAAAGGACAGGGAUGUGCAACCACUGAGCAUACCAUUCUACACAGGUGUGGAAGACCACCUGACACAUCUUGCUCAAGUGGAAACAGAAGGACUGGAAGGGUCAUUCGGUAAUCUAACUAGUCCGACGUGA